AUGGGUUAUAUUGAAAAAAUCGUUACCACCCUUUUUGACCUGGAUGUUGACGCAGUUGCGUUGGUUGGCGACUUGGUAGAUGGUUCAGUAGAACAAAUAGGCAAUCGUCUGACUCCUCUAUGGAAAUUAACUCAUAGAUUCCGUACAUAUUUUGUUACGGGAAAUCACGAAUAUUAUUAUGGUGAUGCAAAAAAGUGGUUAGAUCUGUACCAAAUCCAUCGUAUUCGUGUUUUAAAUAACGAAUAUAGUACUGGAGAUGAAAUGCGAUGGAUGGUACUAGAGUUAAAAUCCGAUGGGUUUAGUCAUACUCAUGCUGCUCAAUAUUAUGUACUUGUACCGGUAAUCUCACAAGUAUUACCAUAUUUCCAUGGUCUAUACAAUCUUCCUUAUGGAGAUGGGAAGUUGUUUGUGAGCGCGGGAACACUGUACCAGCGAGCUUUACCCAGGAGCGCCAAUGAAGAUGUUGAGAAUGUCGGAGAUUUGGGU